CCGUUUACGCUCUAGCGCGAACAGCAUCUUCUGCGACGGCGAGGCCUAGUCGGACAGUUGCGAGCAAAUCUACUGAUGGAAAAGGGAAAGGGAGUGAUGGGAGGCGGGGGACGACGAUGGGCCGUUGACUUCACCGAUAAUUCUACUUCUCAUUCUUCUCGUGACGUUCCGGAUCCUCCUGGUUUUUCUCGCGCUUCCAUAGACCAGGAUGAUUCCUCUUUGAGUCGUCAAAAGAAGGACGCAGAAUCCAACUGGAAAGCCCAGAAAGCGUGGGAAGUGGCACAAGCGCCAUUUAAGAACUUACUGAUGAUGGGCUUCAUGAUGUGGAUGGCUGGUAACACGGUUCACUUGUUUAGCAUUGGUAUCACCUUUUCAGCUCUUUGGCAACCAAUAAGCGCAUUACAAGGGGUUGGAAAGAUUUUUGAGCCGUACAAAGACCAUAAAGUGGAUCUUCUUGGACCUAAGUUGCUUUUCAUAGCCCUUAAUUUGGGGGGCUUGGCCCUAGGUGUUUGGAAGCUUAACUCCCUGGGCCUUCUUCCUACACAUGCUUCAGACUGGGUCUCAUCCUUGCCACCUGCUCAGGAGGUGGAGUAUUCAGGAGGGGGUGUCAGUUUGAGUUGAUUUGGAUCUCGUGGUAAGCACGGCAUUGUCUUUGAAGGGAAUUUGAUUAAAGCAGGAUGAGAAGUCAGUGCUUAUUGGUGGCGUAUCAUGAUGAGCGCUAUGUACCAUGAGACAUAAAUCGCUCCUGAUUUAGAACAAUAUACAAAUUCUUGUCCAGUUGACCUGACUGAUUUUGUAGUGAACUAGAAGAGCUCUAGUUUUCUUUCUUUCUUUCUUUCUUUUUUAAAUUUUAUUUAAAAACGUUGCCGAUGCUUAAUGCCUUAAUGAGUUGUACUGUUGCGUUAUAUUAAGAAACAUGGUUAUUCUGAAGUUAAUUCACCAUUCACUUCA